AUGCGGAAGCUGAUUAACAAGGAUGACAUCGAUGAUGUUCGUCGAGAGCUCUGUGGUGCCUACGAGGAUCGGCACUCUGUUAACCUAAUCAUGGAGUUGUGUGCCGGCGCGGAGCUAUUUGAUCGGAUUAUAGCCAAGGUACAUUAUUCAGAGUGUGCGGUAGCUGGCCUCUGCCAGCAGAUGGUGUCGGUGGUGCAUGAUUGUCAUACGAUGGGAGUGUUCCAUAGAGACUUCAAAGUUGGGAACUUUUUUUCCUUGGGUACCGAUGAAGACUCGCCAUUGAAAGCUACUGAAUUUGGUCUCUCAGUGUUUUUUAAACCAGGAGAUGUUCUCAGAGACGUUGUUGGCAGUGUAUAUUAUGUGGCUCCUGAAGUCUUGCGUAGACAUUAUGGUGAUGAGGCAGAUAUCUGGAGUACUGGUGUAAUUCUUUAUAUUUUACUUAGUAGUGUCCAACUUUCUAACUUUUUUUUCUGCAAAUUUGCAGAAAGACAUGGUUGGGAUUACACUAGAUACAACCUUUUUUACAGCUUUCUUCUUGUUAUCAUCUUUGCUUUUGAACAUUUCAAUUUCCCAAAUUUUGUUCUUCAACUUGUUUAUUGA